UUUCCUGUUACAUAUGCGUUAAACUCAAAUUUAAGUGGAGUUGAGAAGGCCGAAAUGAUGUCAAAUGAGAAAAGAAGAGUAUAUGAAGAAGGAACUCAAGACGCAAGUUUCCGCCGAACAUGGGAUAAAGAAGAAUUUAAACGUAGAGCUCGUGAAAGAUCGCGAUUAGAACGUGAAAAGGAGGAGGAAGAAGAUCGUAAACGUAAAGGUUUAAAAUCCAAGAAUACUGAUAGUUCUGAAGUUGAACCUGUACGAGAACUAUUAAGAGCUCGUACAGAGAAAGUUGUAUUAGAUGCAAACUUGAAUAAAGUUCAGGUAGUGCAAUCUACAAAUAUUGCUUCAAAACAACCUGGGUUUCAUUAUCAACGAGCUCUUGGUAUGUCUAUGAAAGUUGAACGUAGUACAUUAGAUCAAGUCAAGAAUAAAUUAGAAAACUUGAAAAAGAAGAGCGAGCCACAAGAAUAUGGUUACGAAUUAUUAUAA